AUGCCGACGUCAAAACGCGCACAACUACAAAAUAUGGAUAAAGUAUCAACGGAAGAUUUAGAACCAGAAUUCGUCACUGAAGUAAUUAAGGCAGUUGAAAGCAUUUUAUCCACUUCAACCCCAAAGUAUAUUGGAUCCUCUAAAAUGACAGGAUUAUCGUUUACCAAAUUUCUUCAAGGAUGUGUCGAAAAGAUUAACGAUAAAUCAGAUUCCAAUGUUCAACUAUCAAUUCCGAACGAACAUGAGUCUGUUAUUAAAUACAUUACACAACGAACCAUUGAUCAUUGUAUUCAAAUGUAUACAACAAAUAUGAAUUUAAAAUUUCAAGAAUUAUAUAAUGUUGAUGAUAUACGACAAGUUAAAGUAAUUAAUUGGAAAGAGUUUAAUGAAAUUCAUAUGGAAGUUUUUGCACAAGUUGGAAAAAUAUUUUUUAAUAGUAUCAUUGGAAAUGGAGAUCAUAUAAGGAGAUCUGAACUCAAAUUAAAUAAAUUAAUCAAUGAAAAGUUUGAAGAAAAUCGUAAAUCAAAUUCUGUGGCUUUAUAUGAGUAUAAUAUGGAAUUGGCUAAAAAAUUAUGGGAUAAUCAUGUAAAAGUUGGUCUCUCCGCCGAUAAUUUCUUUAAGACCAAAGAGGAAUUUAAUGAUGCGAUCGAAAUUUUUGAGAGAGAAAUGGAAGAAAAUGUUAAGCAACAAAAUAUUGCAAAUAAUGGGAUUUUAACUCAAAUUAAACAUGAAAAUGAAUCAAUUUUAGCUAAAAUUAAAAGUGAAAACGAAUCAGAGAUAGAAUUAUUAAAAGAGAAAACUAAAAGUUCUACGAAAAACAAAUGGUAUUGGGUUAAAGCAGUCGGUGAAUGGGUUAGAGUGGUAGUUCAUAUUGCUGAUAUUGUCGUAGGGACGGUUGACAAUUGA